AUGGAGGAAGAGGCGGACUUCCUUUUAAUUCAAGAACCUUUUCUUUAUGCAGGGCAAGCAGCAGAAUUUCCUCUCCAAUGGACCGUCAUCCAGGAUUCAGGAAGUGAGGGAACAAGAGCGGCAGUAGUUUGUUGCCACAGCAGAUGGUUGCCAGUUGUGCUAGCAAAGUCAAGAGACAUGGUCACAAUUGCAGUCGAGGCUAUGGGACUGAGUGUCCUGGUCACGAAUGUUUACAUUCCACCUACAGUAGACGUUUCUCCCACAUUAGAUGCCUUGCAGAAUAUCCUUACGUCCUACCCGCAUGCACACCAUGUAUUGGCAGGAGAUUUUAACUCUCAUGCGGAGGACUUCGGAUAUCCGACCACAGACCCAAGAGGUAGAGAAGUUGUGGACUUCAUUGCAUGCAACGGACUCAUUCUUCAUAACGUGCCGGACAGUCUGCCGACCUUCGAGACCCAAAUGGGAAAAGGAUGGCCCGACAUCACUCUGUCAACAGCGCGUCUGGCUCAGAAAAUACAGCACUGGACCGUAAGUGACACUCCCUCAAACUCGGACCAUCGCUAUAUAACGUUCCAGAUAGGUCAGCCACAUGCGCAGUUUAUGAACAAGCGUUAUAGAACCAAUGGCAGAAAAUUAAAACAACUUGUAAGCAGGCUAGGACCAGUACUAGAGCAGGUGGACGAGGCACUUAUGAAAUGUCAGAACAUAAAGGAUGCUGACGACUUAACCACCAGUAUGAUACGAGAUAUUCAAUCUAUCUGUGAUGCCACCCUAGGCCUGAAAUCACCAAAAGUUUUAAGAGUGGCAAACUGGUGGACGAAAGAGCUCCGUGCACAGCGCAGUCGCACCAGGGCACUUAGGCGUAAGAUGAAGAGCGAAAGAGACCCAGACAGGAGGCAAGCCCUUAGUGUUCUUUAUAAUAAAGAGCAAGCUCAGUACAAAAGGGCAAUUGCACAGCCGCAAAACUUGCCAGCUGGAGGGAGUUCUGUACUAAGAAUGUAG